GGGCUGGGGCAGGCUCCGCCGGGCACCGCGCUGGUUGGGCCCGCAGCAGCAGCGGGAGGAGCCCGGGCCCGCCGCCCGAGCGCAGGCUCGCUACCGUCGUCCGGGGACAGUCUGUGUGGGAGAGCCGGUCUUUUAGUCACAUCUCCGUGUAGGCCAAUGGCCGGCGCCGCCAUGGCGCGGGUGCUGAUCGUGGGCGCCGGGCUGACCGGCAGCCUGUGCGCUGCGCUGCUGCGGAGAGAGCUGCCCCAGCGCCCGCUGCGCAUCGUGCUGUGGGACAAAGCCCGGGACGCAGGAGGAAGAAUGAGUACAAGCAGGAGCCCGCACAACCCUCGCUGUACAGCGGAUCUGGGAGCACAGUACAUAACGCUUAGGCCCGCCUAUGCCCCAAAGCAUCAAAGCUUCUACGAGGACCUUCUGGCCCAUGAUGUGUUGAAGCCAUUGACUGCCCCUGUGGAAGGCAUGGUGAUGGAAGAAGGAUCUCACAAUUUUGUGACACCUCAGGGAAUCUCUUCAAUUGUCAAGCAUUAUUUAACAGAGUCAGCAGGUGCAGAUGUCUUCUAUGAACACCAUGUAACACAGAUCUGCCUCAGAGGGGGGAAAUGGGAGGUCUGCAAGAAAACAGGAUCCCCAGAACAGUUUGACAUAGUUGUUCUCACAAUACCUGUUCCACAGAUUCUUCAACUUCAAGGUGACAUUGUGAACAUAAUUAAGGAAAGUCAAAAGCAGCAACUGGAAUCUGUGAGCUACUCCUCUCGCUAUGCUCUGGGACUCUUUUAUGAAGCUGGCACGUGGAUUGAUGUCCCCUGGGCUGCACAGUACAUCACCAAUAAUCCCUGCAUACGCUUCAUCUCCAUCGAUAAUAAGAAGCGCAAUAUAGAGUCUUCCGAAUUUGGGCCAUCUGUUGUUGUGCACACCAGUGUACCAUUUGGAAUUGCACAUCUAGAAUGGGAUAAGGAAAAGGUGCAGCCGAUAAUCCUGGAUCAGCUGGAAAAUAUUAUGCCAGGUCUGCCUAAACCAACUAGCAUCAAGUGCCAGAAGUGGAGAUACUCUCAGCAGGGUGAAAAUGGUACCUGUUUGAGAAGUGAACAAAAACAGGACUUGAGUCAUCCAGGCACUAAGAACUCCGAGAGGAGGCUAACCUGGGCUGACCCAAAAGGAAGUACUGCAUUCCAGAGACAGGGCAGCUCUGUCCUGCCUGGGAGCCUCUUCUCCCUGGUGCUCCUACAGCAUGGCCCUUCAUUUUGCUUCUUCACAGUUUCAUACAGUUCAUAUCAGCUCUGUUCAACUUUUAACAUUACCUUUGCAUCUCUACUUCAUAAAGAAAAUGUUAUGAGAGAAACUUGGAGACAGAAGAUUUAAAUUUUGUAAUAAACAUGCGUAUUUUCCCAGUGUUCAAAAUCUCCUUCAACAAGCCAAAUUAUAUCUAGUUUAACUUUCAGAUUAUGCUGCUUUUAGUUACCCAAUUGCUACCAAAAAACAAAUCACCCAAACCACUGAAUGGAGAUAUUGUAGAGGUUUCCAAUGAAUCACUUUCGUAUUCUCUUUCUGCUUCAUUAGGCUUGUUAGAUAUUAUCUUUGGUGGUGUUUAAGAUGUCUGUGUUAUAUUAUUCAGACUGAAUGAAGAUAAUAUAUCUGUAUUUGAUGAUUCAUCUUCAGAUUCUAUUUUUGGUCAAGCUUUUUUGGAUAUUAUGUGUGGUAUUGUCUUUGUUGUUCUUCCUUGAGAUAACAUUUAAACUUCCUUCCUUUUCAUAUUAAUGUAUAUCAAGAUUAAAUUCUUUGCACAUUGUCGGAAGUGAUUUGUGGAUUUCAUGUUUGUGAGCCCCAACCCAGCAAGCAUAUGUGACGGGUGCUUAAAAAUAAGCAUGUACUUAAGUGCUUUGCUGGAUUUGGGCCUAUGUCGAUAAAUUUCUUCUGAAGUAAACAACUUUGAACACACAAAUUAGUCAUGUACUGAAAACUGUCAAUCUUAGUUAAUGCAUUUGCCCUUUCCUUAUAUACCAUUUCUGUUUAAAUACUGUACAAUAUACAGAGGAUCCCAUAACACACAGCAUGUAACAAUGAAUUUUAUUAAGGCACAAUGCUUGCAGAUUCACCUACAUGGAGUGUUGUGGUUAUCAGUUACAUACUUUGUUAUUUGAAAUA